AAGAGAAACCACCAAGGCACCAGCUAGGGCCCGUGAGAGGGCUCCAUUCACACCCACAGCCUGCUCGACCAAAAACCCCAACGCCGCCUCUCCCGCGCCAUGCCGCCGCGAGCGGCGGCGCUCCGCCGCCUCCUCCCCACUCACCUCCACCAACCCGCCACUCGCCCCGCCCCGCGUCGGCCGCCUCCUCCGCCCCAACCGGCCGACAAGGGCCCGCUCCCCGACCCCUACGCCCUCCUCGUCCACGACCCCAUCGACCUCCUCUCCUCCCUGUGGCGCCGCGCGUUCGCGCACCCGCUCGCGUCCCCGUUCCCCAACCUCUCCGGCUACGCCUCCCGCCUCGACCUCUGGCUCCUCUCCUACCAGCGCGCAUGCGCCCACGCCACGGGCACCUUCCCGCCGCGCCACGCCGUCCCGCUCCCCACCCUCCACUGCCUCCUCCGCCUCCGCGCCGCCGCGCUCCGCCGCCACCCCGCCUUCCCCUGGGGCGCCUCCACGCACCUCCUCCUCCGCUCCCCCGCCGACCCGCCCUCCACCGUCCCGAUCUCCCGCCGCAAGCUCGAGGCCCGAUUCGCGGACGCGCCGCCGCCGUUCCAGGACCGCGUCGUUCAGGAGCUCCUCCUCCUCCUCCUCGAGCCCGUCUUCGAGCCGCGCUUCUCCCCAAAGUCUCACGCAUUCCGUCCCGGACGCGGGCCCCACUCCGCCAUCCGCUCCGUCCGCACCCGCUUCGCUGCUUACCUCUGGUUCGUCUCGGCCGACCUCACCGCGGUGGUCGACGGCCUCUCGCCGGAAACCAUCCUUUCAUGCGUUCAGAAGGCUGUCUCCGACCGCAAGGUGCUCUCGUUGCUCAAGUCUGCCCUCAAUGGCCCCGUCCGGCCAGGGUCUGUGCCGCCACCGGAGAAGGACCUUGACGGGCUGGCCAAGAAGAGGCUGAAAAGGAAGGUGCUCAGGAAGAGCAGGAAGAAGAAGGUGCUUAACGAGAAUGAGCCAAAGCCUGACCCUUACUGGUUGAGGCUAUUCUUUGGGUUUGCUCCUGAACAGGCGUGCCAUGUGCCCAAUUAUGGGCAUUGUGGGAUCAUUAGUCCUUUGCUUGCUAAUGUGUGCCUUAACGAGCUGGAUUGGUGGAUGGAGGAGAAGAUUAAUGAGUACUUUUGCCCGUCCAAGCAUGAUUCGAUUUGGAAGGAGGCGGGUGAUGAGGGGUGCCACAAUCCCGCUUGGCCUGAGUUUGUUCCAUCAGCUGGGAAGGAGAAGACAAGGAAGAUGGAUUUCCUUCGAUUUGGUUCUCAUGUCUUGAUUGGGAUCAGGGGGCCGAGGGAGGAUGCAGUUGAGAUAAGGAGACAACUGAUGGAAUUUUGUGAGAGAACAUUUGGUUUAAGGCCAGAGAAUUCGAUGGUGGAAAUCGAGCACAUUACAAGGGGGAUUGAAUUCUUGGAUCAUGUGAUCACGCGCAGGGUCAUCUACCCGACUUUGCGAUAUACUGCCAGUGGAGGGAACAUUGUCAGCGAGAAGGGUGUCGGAACAUUGUUGUCUGUAACAGCGAGCCUGCAGAGGUGCAUAAGGCAUUUUAGGAAGCUUGAGCUUGUAAAGGGGGACAGGGAUCCUGAGCCAUUGCCAUGUUCACCAAUGCUCUAUUCUGGGCAGGCACACACUAAUUCCCAGAUGAACAAGUUUCUCGAGACCAUGGCUGAUUGGUACAGGUAUGCAGAUAACCGGAAGAAGAUUGUAGGGUUUUGUGCUUAUGUCAUAAGGAGCUCACUGGCAAAGCUCUACGCAGCAAGGUAUAGACUGAAGUCCCGAGCUAAGGUCUACAAGAUCGCUUCACGGGAUCUUAGCCGCCCUUUGAGAGAAAGCACAAGGAAUGAUGCGCCAGAAUACUCUGAUCUUUUGAGGAUGGGACUAGUUGAUGUUAUUGAGGGUGUACAGUUUGCACGCAUGUCAUCAAUUCCAUCGUGCGACUACACACCUUUCCCUAGAAACUGGGUACCGCACCAUGAACUUCUAUUGCAAGAGUAUAUUAAGCUGCAAGAUCCAAAGUUCUUUUGUGAACUUCACAAGACUAUCAAACGUCAGGAAAUAAGUUCACCACAGGAUGAUGUAUCAAAGAUGGUGUGGUAUUAUAAAGUUCAUGGUGUUUAUGAUGACAAUAGAUCUUUGAUGAAAGCCAAGGAAUUGAGAAACGAGGAAGUUGUCAAUGGGGACAAGCAACUUCUAUUAGAUACAUAGCCCUGACUCUUAUGUUCCUGAUUGUUUAUGAAAUAUUGGUGGAGAUCCAAUUAAGCAUCAGGCAGAUCUCCUUCAGUUGUGAAUCGGUUUCUUGUUGUAUGAAUGACCCUAUUCUCAUUAUUUGUAAAGAAGAAUGAUGCGUAUCUAUGAACAAACAUAUCACAAGGAAUGACUAGCUUACAAUUUGGUUCAGCAUGACCCACUUUCUUGGUUUUUGUGCGGACAAAGGAAAAUGCUGAGAAGAAACUCACUUUGACAUAUGAAGAGAUGGAAGCAGAACGGGAAGAGGAGGAGGUACAGGCUGACACUGAGAGUGAUGAUGAAGAGCAACAAAUCUACAACCCUCUCAAAUUGCCGAUGGGUUGGGAUGGCAAGCCUAUCCCCUAUUGGUUAUACAAGCUACAUGGCCUUGGGCAGGAAUUUAAGUGUGAGAUAUGUGGAAACCACAGUUAUUGGGGACGAAGGGCCUAUGAGCGUCAUUUCAAAGAAUGGCGUCAUCAGCAUGGGAUGCGAUGCCUUGGUAUCCCUAAUACUAAGAAUUUCAAUGAAAUCACAUCGAUCCAGGAGGCAAAAGGGCUCUGGGAAAAAAUACAAGCGCGUCAAGGGCUGAACAAGUGGCGGCCAGACCUGGAAGAAGAGUACGAAGAUCAAGAGGGCAACAUCUACAACAAGAAGACCUACACUGACCUGCAGCGGCAAGGCCUGAUCUAGAAUUCUAGUUCAAGGGGCCCCUGCUACUCAAAUGUUCUGGCUUUGUUUGGAACAACUUUUACCAGGAUAGUUGCUGUGUCUUCGGAUGCAUUAGGCUAUUAGCCGUUUGGCAUACACUUCAUGGAGUAAGAUGGUACGACGGGGCAUGUGUGCUUUUCCUGGUUGACAUGGUAGUUCGUACUGUCUUGAGCAGUUCUUAUGAUAAUGUAUCCAAUAUUGUGUCGUGGAUUAAAUUACGGUUACGUCUCUUA